ACGACAAGGAAGUAUAUUUACAGUCGCGAUAACAACAAAUUGCCAUGCAAUGUAGCGUACUGCUAUUGUCGUUUAUUUUCAGGUGAACAUUAAAAACAAGAUUGGCAUUUGGCAGGCAUAUUUGAUAAAGGCUUCAGCUCAACUCAUGGAAGCAGUCGUUUUGUUGGCCAUUGUUGUGGGGCUAGCUAUCUUUUCUGAAGACGCAGGAUCAUGUCAUCCAAGGAGGGGAGAAAAGGUGAAACUGCUGAAUCCGGGACUAUGGCAACACAGAGUUCAAUGGCUGUCAACAAUGGCAGGGACAACAACCACAAGAACCAUCAUGAUGAAGUAGGGAGGUUGCACUUGGAACCAAGCAACGAAACAGGCAGUACGGCAGACACCAGCACAGCAGCCAAGAACUUGGCUUUGCUCAAAGCCCACUCCCUGGAUGUGAAUUUUGAGGUUGGUGAGGAGUAUGACGUCAUAGAGACCAUCGGCACAGGGGCCUAUGGCGUCGUGUCCUCCGCCAGGAGGCGGGACAAUGGUCAACAAGUGGCAAUUAAGAAGAUUCCCAAUGCCUUUGAGGUGGUGCAAAACGCUAAGCGUACAUUACGAGAGCUGAAGAUUCUCAAGCAUUUCAAACAUGACAACAUUAUCGCCAUCAAAGACAUCCUCCAGCCUAGCCUCCCUCACUUCAAGUCUGUGUAUGUGGUUCUGGACCUGAUGGAGAGUGAUCUCCACCAGAUCAUCCACUCCCGGCAGCCACUGACUCCAGAGCACACACGCUACUUCCUGUACCAGCUCCUCCGCGGUCUCAAGUACGUGCACUCGGCCAAUGUCAUCCACCGUGACCUCAAGCCCUCCAACCUGCUGGUCAACGAGAAUUGCGAGCUGAAGAUCGGGGACUUUGGCAUGGCCCGGGGCCUUAGCUCACACCCCGAGGAGUCCCACUCCUUCAUGACUGAGUACGUGGCCACGCGCUGGUACCGAGCCCCUGAACUAAUGCUCUCGCUGCACCACUACAGCCUGGCCAUCGACCUGUGGUCCGUGGGCUGCAUCUUUGCCGAGAUGCUGGGCCGCAAGCAGCUGUUUCCCGGGAAGCACUAUGUCCACCAGCUGCAGCUUAUCCUGUCUGUGUUGGGCACACCACCAGAGGGCGUGAUCGGGGCCAUUGGGGCUGAUCGGGUGCGCUCGUAUGUGCGGAGCCUGCCUUCGCACGCACCCGUGCCCUUGGCCAAGUUGUACCCGCAGGCCGAGCCUGCUGCCCUGGACCUGCUGGCCACCAUGCUGCGCUUCGAUCCUCGCGAGCGGAUUGAUGUGAGCCAGGCACUGGAGCACCCCUACCUGUCCAAGUACCACGACCAGGACGAUGAGCCCAUCUGCGUGCCCGCCUUCGACUUUGAGUUCGACAAGGCGCCCAUGAGCCGGGAGCAGAUCAAAGAGGCCAUCCUGGUGGAGAUCCAGGACUUCCACCGGCGGAAGCAGAACAACCGGCAGAGGAUCCAGUUCAGGCCCUUACAGAGUCAGGGUGGUGGUGGUGACCAACGGUCUGCUCAAACCUCCACCGUCAACCUGACCAAUAACUCAUUGGCUUCCAUGUCACGGCCGACACAGGUAUCGCCGAUGCAGCCGCAACCAGUGUCAAAGAGUCAAGCCAAUCAGCAUCAUAUAACGACAGGAGGGAGCCAAACUUUUGCCAAUCAGCUGCCGUCCUUUAGUAAACAUGCCCCGCCCCUUUUAGAGGUGACCCCAUCCCAACGUCUGACCCACACGUUGCCUCCACUGACCCAGGCAGAGAGUUGCCAGGACGUAGACAUGCCCAGCGCCAACUCGGACAGCGGGCAGCCUGAGAUCAUAGACCUGAUCACGCCAGUCUCUUCUCAGGGCACCUCACCAUCUGAAGCUCUGAGAGAAAGCUCGAAGGUGGAGGAGCUAGUACCCACCAGCCAGGGGGGACCUCUGACCCAAGUCACCCAGAGUCAGCCAAUGUCUCAGGGCCAGUCUGCGUCUUCUGUGUCCUCCACUUUAGCACACAACACCAUGGCCCCUCUGCCCAACUCUGUGCCUUCUCUCAUGCUCUCCCAGGCCCAAGCUCAGUUGCUUUCGCAGUCCCUCACUCAGUCAUUGUCCAAGGGGGCGAGGGGAACAGCGGGGGCAGGGGAAGGGACCAGGAAAGAUGGAGCCAUUUCGGAGGACACCAAAGCAGCGCUCAAGGAGGCCUUGCGGAAGUCGGCUCUCAGAAACAAAGCCAGAGAUGGAGGUCCAACAGCGCUGAGUAUGGAUACAGGUGGAUCAGGUCUGACAUGCUCCCUAACCUCCUCCCUCUCUCUUCCGGAGCUACGGCGGCCCGUCACAGCCCAGGAGCGCCAAAGAGAAAGGGAGGAGAAGAGGCGGAGGAGGCAGGAGCGAGCUAAGGAGCGGGAGAGGAAGAUGAAAGAGAAGGAGAGAAGAGAAGGGGACUCAUUGGGUGGGGUUCUCCUGAGCGACAAUGACAAGAGCCUAUUGGAACGCUGGAAGAGGAUGAUGGACAGCCGUGCAGACAAAUCACAGAACUCCGAUGUUGACACAGCCAAAACUAAGGGCUGCAAAGUGAGUUCCCACCUCAGCGGGAAUUCGAGCGAAAACACCCAUGCAGCAAUGGCUGUAAACCACACUAAAUCGGAUAAGGAAGCAGGGGAGAUUCAGACUCACAAACAGACGGUACCCCAAAUAGAGCCCAAUCUGUCAGGGAUGUUCCAGCCACUAAAUACCCAGGGCUCACUGCCUUUCUCUCUGGGCCAGACAAAGGGAGAGGAGAUGGGGCGUGUGGCUGUGAGUAGAGGGAUGGACAUGGUGGAUGGAGCCUCCUGUGGCUUAGCUAAAAACAACACGCUAAAACCGACGCAGGGUGAGUACGAAGGGCCAAGGAUCUUCAACUGUCUGGGGAAUUGGGCUGGGCAGCAGGUAGGGGCCGGGACUUCCCAACAACAGCAGCUACCCCUUAACAGAUCACCCCAAGCCUGCCAGACAAGCUUCCCUCAGCCUCAGCCGCACCCCGUGGGGACUUUCCUGACGAAAGCCCCAGCACUACCAUCGAGCGAAACCAAUGGCAACAUGAGAACAGGGGGUGGACAGAACAACAUCAACUCUCACCCUAACUCAGUCACUAGUGGGGUUGGGCCCAUGGAGAAGCUGUGCUCGGCACUGAGAGAGAAGCCCGGGUCCCACACGCAGAGCCCUCUCUGCGGGGCCUUAGGGGCCCCGUCCCUUCCUCAGCCCAGCUUAGGGUUCACAGACACCGGACAGCCGGGGCACACUGUGGCCCCUGACAUCCACACGGUCACACUGCAGCUCUCAAAGUCACAGGUGGAAGAUGUGCUGCCUCCGGUGUUCUCAGUCACCCCUAAGGGCAGUGGGGCAGGAUACGGAGUGGGCUUUGACCUGGAUGACCUCUUUAACCAGUCCCUCACUGACCUCCAGCACGCAGACCUCAGAGACAGUUACAAUGACUCAGGCCCCCUCUCGGCCUCCCUGCUCUCUGAUUGGCUGGAGGUGCACCGCAUGACUCCGGCUGACCUGGAAUCGCUACAGCAGGAACUACAGCUAGGAUCUCCCAUGAUCCUCUCUGACUCCAUCCCCUCUGACACCUGACUCCCUCCUUCUGGAAUAACAACCAAGACACUGGAGGUAGAAAUAGCCCCUUACCAGACAUCAGGUUGCAUUGUCUGCAUCCCAAGUGCAUCCCCCACACAGUGCACUACUUGGGAGUAGGUAAAUUGCCCCUAAAUACUAUACAAAUAGUCUAGUCCCAGAUCUGGGACUGCUAUACAGGGUAUUUCAUCCCCUAAUGGUACCUUUAGUCCCUAUGUAGUGCACUACAUUUGACCGGGCCCAUAGGGCUCUGGUCAACACUAGACCCUUGUGUCCCUACAUUUAGAAGUUUUCUAGAAAGGAGGAGUCUGAGCCCUGGGUUAUACACUUUGCAAUAGACACUCUAAGGAUCAUCUAUUUAAUUGUUUUUGUUUUUCUAGCAUUUCUUCAUGCAGUGUUCAUGGUUCUUUUAAUAAAGAUCAUUGGGUCAUAAUUUGUAUGAUUGCUGCUGUUUUACAAUGGGCCCUGAAGGAGAGGAGAGAAGGUGGUUUGUUAACAUAAUUGAAGCCUAUGGCGGUUAUUACACCAACAGAGGGGAAAAUACAUUGAAAUCGCAAUCAGUACAAUCGCAAUGACUGGGUCAUGUUCAUUAGGGCACGCAACAGAAAAGACUUUGCAAUGACUUUAACGUUUGUUAUGAGUCCAGGUAGUGCUACCGUUUCAGUCCGGUUUCUUCCGUUUGGUCUCUAAUGAAUACAACCCUGAUCAGGAAUGAUUUAUUAGGAACAGGCCAAAACUCAACGUUGUCACUAUUAAAGCAACCCUGUUGAAUCCUCUUCGCUACCAUUCGCUGUCAAAAAGUUGUUGUUUUGUGUUAUUGGAGAGUUGAGGGGCUUGUAAUUUGAGAGUUGACAAUCGUUCACCAUAGUGAAUGGGUGUGAACACAUGAACAGAAAAUGGAGAUUAGCUUUGGCAGGAAAUCAUGUUUCAACAUGUUCAGUGCAAUAUUAAUCUGUUGAUCAUUAUACACUUACACAUUUAAAAAACACAGGCUGCCACUCAAAAUAAGAAAAUUUAAAACAAAGAAAUACAUAGUUUAAGUAAUAAUAAAUUCCGUAUAAGCAGGAUAAGAAAAAGUGGGCCUCCACCCCCAAAGACAACGCAAUACCUAUGUCACUCCACACUGCCCUCACCCACCAAGAUAAGAGGAAUACCUAUGUGAUAAUACUGUUCAUUGACAGCUCAGCGUUCAACACCAUUGUCCCCUCCAAGCUUGUCACCAAGCUUAGAACCCUGGGACUGAACACCUCCCUCAAACUGGAUCCUGGACUUCCUGACGGGCUGACCUCAGGUGGUGUAGGUAGGCAACAUCCCCUCCGCCAUGAUGACCCUCAACGCUGGGGCCCCAUAGGGGUGUGAGCGCUUCGUCCCCUCCUGUACUCCCUGUUCAUCCACACACAACACCAAGUUUGGCGGUGACACGACGGUGGGAGGCCUGAUUACCGGCGACGAUGAGACAGCCUACAUGGAGGUGGUCCUUGACUGGACAAUGUGGGUUCGGAACAACAAGCUCUCAACGUCAGUAAGACCAAGGAGCUGAUCGUGGACUACAGGAAAGGAGCGGCGAGCACGCCCCCAUCCACAUCGACGGGGCUGCAGUGGAGCGGGUCGAGAGCUUGAAGUGUCCAAAUCGCCAAACUUAAAAUGGCCCACACACAAUUGUAUCACAAUUCCAGUGGGUCAGAAGUUUACAUACACACACUAAGUUGACUGUGCCUUUAAAACGGCUUGCAAAAUUCCAGAAAAUUAUGUUAUGGCUUUAGAAGCUUCUGAUAGGCUAAUUGACAUCAUUUGAGUCAAUUGGAGGUGUACCUGUGGAAGUAUUACAAGGCCUACCUUCAAACUCAGUGCCUCUUUGCUUGACAUCAUGGAAAAGUCAAAAGAAAUCAGCCAAGACCUCAGAAAAACAAUUGUAGACCUCCACAAGUCUGGCUAAUCCUUGGGAGCAAUUUCCAAAUGCCUGAAGGUACAACGUUCAUCUGUACAAACAAUAGUACGCAAGUAUAAACACCAUGGGACCACGCAGUCGUCAUACCGCUCAGGAAGGAGACGCGUUCUGUCUCCUAGAGAUUAAUGUACUUUGGUACGAAAAGUGCAAAUCAAUCCCAUUAGCAAAGGACCUUGUGAAGAUGCUGGAGGAAACUGGUACAAAAGUAUCUAUAUCCCCAGUAAAACUAGUCCUAUAUGGACAUAACCUGAAAGGCCACUCAGCAAGGAAGAAGCCAAAAUAAAGUGGUGAUCCUAACUGACCUAAGACGGGGAUUUUUUUACUAGGAUUAAAUGUCAGGAAUUGUGAAAACCUGAGUUUAAAUGUAUUUGGCUAAGGUGUAUGUAAACUUCUGACUUCAACACUCGAGUGGUUAAAAGGGAAGCAUUUAAAUGUCUUGGAAUGGCCUAGUCAAAGCCCAGACCUCAAUCCAAUUGAGAAUCUGUGGUAUGACUUAAAUAUUGCUGUACACCAGCGGAACCCAUCCAACUUGAAGGAGCUGGAGCAGUGCCAAGCUUAUAGAGACAUACCACAAGAGACUUGCAGCUGUAAUUGCUGCAAAAGGUGUCUCUACAAACGAUUGACUUUCGGGGGGAUGAAUAGUUAGAAUAUAGAGUAGGCCUACAAGCCCUCAGUCCAGCUUCUCUCAGCCUAUUGCGGACAGUCUGAGCACUGAUGGAGGGAUUGUGCAUUCCUGGUGUAACUCGGGCAGUUGUUGUUGCCAUCCUGUACCUGUCGCGCAGGUGUGAUGUUCGGAUGUACCGAUCCUGUGCAGGUGUUACACGUGGUCUGCCACUGCGAGGACGAUCAGCUGUCCGUCCUGUCUACGGCGUCUCACAGUACGGACAUUGCAAUUUAUUGCCCUGGCCACAUCUGCAGUCCUCAUGCCCCUUUGCAGCAUGCCUAAGGCACGCUCAUGCAGAUGAGCAGGGACCCUGGGCAUCUUUAUUUUGGUGUUUUUCAGAGUCAGUUGAAAGGCCUCUUCAGUGUCCUAAAUUUUCAUAACUGUGACCUUAAUUGCCUACCGUCUGUAAGCUGUUAGUGUCUUAAUGACCGUUCCACAGGUGCAUGUUAAUUAAUUAAGCAUGGGAAACAGUGUUUAAACCCUUUAUAAAUGAAGAUCUGUGAAGUUAUUUGGAUUUUUACGAAUUAUCUUUGAAAGAGGGUCCUGAAAAAGGGAGUUUAGUAUACUUACUUACUUUAUCGUGCUAUUUUUAUAUCUUGUGUUUUUGUUGUACUGUAUUUUUAGUAUUACAUAGUUAUUGAUGACUGCAUUGUUGCAAGAAAGGCAUUUUACUGUACUUGUGCGUGUGACAUUAAAAGUCUAAAAUAUGAAAAA